AUGUCUGACAGUGCAAAAGCUAAUGUCCUUCUUAUCGGUGCCGGAGGGGUGGGAACUAUUGUUGCUUACGGUAUCGAUUUUGUUGGUAAAUCCAAUUUGUCAAUCGUUGUCAGACGCGAUUACGACAAAGUGAAAGAUGCUGGCUACCAAAUACAAUCUAUCGAUUAUGGAAGCAUUAAAGGCUGGAAACCUCAGAACAUAUUCCCUACUGCAGAAAAAGCCGUCGCUCAGGGGAUACAGUAUGAUUUCAUCAUAUUGACCACAAAGAAUCUCCCGGACAUCGUUAAACUGGAAGAGCUUGUGAGCCCUGCGGUUACCCCCGAAAAAACAUCCAUUGUUCUGAUGCAAAACGGAUUUGAUUUGGGCCGUCCAUUCAUUGCCAAGUACCCACGGAAUGUGAUUAUUUCAGGGGUAUCGCAUAUCGGAUCGCAUAACGACAGGGGAGUUAUUCACCAAACACAGAAGGACAAGUCUUUGGUAAGCUAUUUCGAAAAUCCCAACCUAUCAAAGAAUAUUCAGGAGGCUAAAACUCGUGAGUUUAUCUCUCUUUAUUCAAACGAGAAUAAUAACUGCACUUAUUUUGCAGAUGCAAAGUGGUACAGGUACCGAAAGCUGGUUUACAACGCUACGCUGAAUACGGUUUGCGCUCUUACGGGAGUCGAUACCGGCAGACUAGAUCUUGCGGGAGGUCUAGAGUCUGUUUCAGUCCCGGCAAUGAGAGAGGUUGUAGCAGUUGCAAAGGCAGAUGGUGUGGAUUUACCUACAGACGUUAUAAACUUGGUUGUUCACUCCGACGAUGGAGACUGGUUUGAGCCUUCCAUGCGCGUCGACGUCAAAAAAAGGCAAUCCAAUUGAAUUAGAAGUAAUUUUGGGUAAUCUGCUAAAAGUUGCUAGGGAACUUGACGUCAAAACACCAACAUUGAAUGUAGUGUACAAUUUACUUAAGGUGGUCCAGUUUCGGUUGAAAGAGGGUCAAGGACUUAUUACAGUCCCCAAAGAACGUCCUAUCUCUAGUGUACUUUACGAAUGA